CGUUAGAUUUCUUACUUUGAAAAUAUUUGACUAAUUUGUUUUUUAGUCUUGGUAUGUUGUUUUCUUCGAGCCGCACGAGCAGAGCAUACGAAUAUGCGUCGGCCAUCGUCGCUGGUCCAACAACCUCUGUCCUGCUUUACUUUCAGUUUUGUUUCUUAGGAAAUGAAACGGUGACUUGUGUUAAUGGCUUUGUCGUCGACGGUGGCCAUGAAGUGUUGACGCAGAAUGAACUGCAGCUAAAGACAGGACACACCUCUGUUUAGGAACCAUGGCCAGUAAAUUAGAUAUUCCUCUAAAUGGACCUUCGGUCAACAUUGUGAGACGAUGUGGGUCUGCUCUGAGUGAUGUCCUUCAAAGCAAAUUUGGAUGUGUGGCCACAUUUGAUGGUGUGGAUUUUGAAAGAGGUCUGGGCAAUGCGCAGCAGAGAGGGCCACCCGUCACCCCAGAGAAAAGGUUUACUGUGACGAUACGUGGAGGUGUUCAGGUGUCUGUGUGGAAGGCCGAUCUCACCGAUUUCCCGGUGGAUGCUGUUGUGAAUGCUGCUAAUGAGCAGCUUCAGCAUAAUGGCGGCCUUGCUCAAGCUCUGUCCAUUGCCGGGGGUGGAAAAAUCCAAAAAGACAGCGACGAUCACAUUAGCAGGUACGGUAACUUGAAAACAGGAGAUGCAAUUGUCCUUGAGGCUGGGUCCCUACCAUGCAAGAAGAUAAUCCAUGCUGUGGGCCCAUGUCUAUCAGUAUAUCACACUAAGUCAGAUGUUUCGAGGGCUGAACGGCUGUUGGUGAAGGCCAUCGAGAGCAUUCUUGACAAAGUUAAGGAAAAUCGUCUGCAGUCUGUGGCCAUUCCAGCUAUAAGCUCCGGUUUGUUCCACUAUCCCCUGCCAGACUGUGCAAACACCAUAGUGACAACUGUGAAACGCUACUAUGAAGGUUCCCGCUUUUCAGCACAUCUUCCUAAAGAAAUCUUCCUUGUGAACAAUGACGAGCCUACGGUCAAAGAAAUGGAGAGGGCCUGCCUUCAGAUAUUAACCAACAGCAGAACCAGAGGAGAUGCCAAAACCUCGACACUGACUGUCCAGUUAGGAAAUGUCCACCUGACACUGAAGAAGGGCAACAUUGAGGAACAGCAGACAGAUGUCAUUGUAAACACUACAUCAUUUGAUCGAAACUUGAGCAUUGGUCAAAUCUCCAAGGCUUUAUUGCGGAAAGCUGGUAAUGGAAUGCAAAAAGAAAUUCUUAAUGCCCCUCUGCGACAAUAUAUCAUGACAACAAAACCCUACAACCUGCUCUGUAAAGAGGUGUAUCACACUUGUUGCUCUGAUAAAUGGGAAAACGCAGCGCAGCAGACUCUUUACAGAUCAGUAUUGGACUGCUUACGGUUGGCAGCUGCAGCUAAGCACAAGUCUAUCGCCUUUCCCGCCAUCGGCACCGGAGCCCUCCGGUUCGGUAAAAAAGAAGUUGCCCAGAUCAUGUCAGAUGCAGUGGCCCACUUCGCCCAAAUGUCCCAAGAGAAGAUGGAAGUUCACUUUGUCAUAUUUCCUUCUGACAACGACACAUUUAAGGCUUUUGACGGACAAAUGGGAUAUCUCCAGCAAAAAGCAUCUCAUCCAGACUUUACACACGCAGUGGACAUAACGAUGUCGUCCCAGCCAGCAUUUAAGUCCAGAGAUGACUUCCGUGGCAAAAGAGCUCUCCCUCAACAGAUCAGCCUGAUCGGCCCCUCUGAUGAGACAACACGUGAGGCUGAGCGUUGGCUCAAUGGCUUUCUCUUACGAACCUCUGACACUGUUGUUAUCCGCAACAACUUCAUCCAGCACUUUGGUGAGAAAGAACAUCUGCAACUAUCCCGUCUAACCAAAGAAGGGGUUUCCAUUGAGGAGUCCUUUGAGAACGGUCGUGCUGGCAUAACUGUAAAGGGGAAUUCAACUGAAGAGGUCGUAGUCGCUGGGCUGCAGGUGGAGGCCAUGCUGUGCAGCAUCCAGACGGAGUUUGUCACAGAGGAAGAAAAUGCCAUGCUUUGGGCUGUGUUGACCAAGGAUGUGUCCUUUGAAAGAAAGACAGUUGACCGCUCAAGCCCAGAGUUCUCAGAGAGAUUAUCUGCAUUCAAAAAGCAUGGGGUGCUGCGUAUAUUGAAGGUGGACAAAGUGGAGAACCCUACACUGAAAGUGCUCUUUGACCUCAAGAAAAACCAGCUCCACUGCUCCAGCACACAAAAGAUGUUUCAACGCAUACCUGCACAGUUCUGUGGGAUGGUUAGCCACAUUGGAUUCCAUGCAGAGUACGCACCACCCGAUGAGCCAGCAUAUGGAGAGGGCAUUUACUUUGCCGGCACAGUGGAGAAGGCCAUGGAAGUGUGGAAGGAGCAAAAGGAGGAGUAUCUGCACUUUGUGGAGGCUGAGGUGCUAACAGGAAACUCCACCCCGGGUAAACCAGGGCUCAUUCUGCCACCUGCUGUGGGGACAGAUCCACUAGUCCUGCACGACAGUGUGAGUGGAGGACCUGAUAUCUCGGUCAUAUUUAGCGGUUAUCAAGCUCUACCCACAUACAUUAUCACCUGUAAGAUAGUCUGAAGACGGGUUUCUUCCCUGUUUCCUCUGGCUUUAUCGUGUUGUAAGGAACAAAUACUAGUGUAGCAAUGCUUACCGUACUAGAGGAAACUGGACAAAAGGAAGUUAAGAUUCUUCUGAAAACAAGAUUGAUGUGCAUUCUUGAUUCAUGUAAUUGCUAUUAGAAUAAACAUUUUGCAUUACUUUUUAAAAUCAUAUAAUCAAGGCCAUAACUACAAUAUUAGCUUAUAUUCAGCUUGACUUAGAUGUCAUUCGUUUUGAGCAUCGGUAUCUUACUUCUUUCAUUACUUGUUUAUUUUUGGGUGACUAGAUUAAAUUUAUAGCAACAAUAGCAUACUUUUGCUACUGGAUGAGCACUUUUUAGUGGCACCACAUGAUACCAUACAUGAAAACGUUGUAUACAGUGAUAGAAAUAAAAGUGAUUUUAUUUUGUUUGGAGGACAACUUAUAUAACCCUUCAUAUAACGGGCAAACCUGAAAAGCUUUGGCUACAAAAACCUGAUUGUAAAAUUAAUGUAAAUUGUUUAUAAAAUUAUCAAAGUCAACAUGGAAAUUGCGAUGAAGCCCAUUGGGGCAGCUGGUUGUCUAAUGCUGUUAUCAAAAUUAAAGAAUGUUACAC